AUGGACUUCAACUUCGAGCGGCUCCAACCCUGUGAAGAACCCUUCUACAACAUCGUCCCUGGCAAAGGAUCCUAUCCGAUUGGCCAAGUUGUUUUGUCGGUCACCUUUGGCACGCAAGUCAACUACCACACAGAGUACCUCACAUUUGAGGUUGCCAAUUUCAAGACUUCCUACCACCUUGGCAGGCCCAUGCUGGCGAGGUUUAUGGCGAACCCACAUCACACCUACCUCUUGCUCAAGAUGCUGGCUCCAAACGGUGUCCUGUCCGUCUACGGUGAUGUCGAGACUUCAUACAAGUGCGACAUUUAG